AUGGCACCACCCAGCCCCAACACCACUAGCAGCAGUAACAGCAGCAGCGGUGGAGGCGACCAACUGAGCAAAACCAACCUCUACAUCCGUGGCCUCCACCCCGGUACCACAGACCAAGACCUGGUCAAACUAUGCCAGCCGUAUGGGAAGAUUGUUUCCACUAAAGCCAUCCUAGACAAGACCACCAACAAAUGCAAAGGCUAUGGCUUUGUGGAUUUCGACAGUCCAUCGUCAGCCCAGAAAGCAGUGACUGCCCUGAAGGCCAGUGGAGUCCAGGCUCAGAUGGCUAAGCAACAGGAGCAGGACCCCACUAACCUGUACAUCUCCAACCUGCCGCUGUCCAUGGACGAGCAGGAGCUGGAAAGCAUGCUAAAACCCUUCAGCCAGGUCAUCUCCACGCGCAUCUUACGCGACGCUAAUGGCACCAGCCGAGGAGUGGGCUUUGCUAGGAUGGAGUCAACAGAGAAAUGUGAGGCCAUCAUUCAGCAUUUUAACGGCAAAUAUAUAAAGACACCUCCUGGAGUUGCAGGGCCUGCGGAGCCUUUGCUUUGUAAAUUUGCUGAUGGAGGACAGAAAAAACGCCAAGGUCAAGGUAAAUACGUACAAAAUGGACGGCCCUGGACGAGAGAAGGAGAAACUGUGAGAAUUAUUUUCUUUUUUUCUUCUUCAGAUCUAAACGGAGGAAUGACACUAACAUAUGAUCCCACGCCGUCUUUACAAAAUGGGUUCUACCCCUCUCCCUACACCAUCGCUCCCAACAGAAUGAUAGCUCAGACAUCCCUCUCUCCAUACAUGCAUUCCCCCAUGUCCACCUACCAGGUUCACAGUCCCUCCUGGGUUCAUCACCAGUCUUACCUCAUGCAGCCCACUGGGGCAGUGCUCACACCCACCAUGGAGCAUGCCAUGUCCAUCCAGCCCACCCCAAUGAUGGCUCCACUCACACAACAGCUCAGCCACCUCUCACUGGGCAACACUGGCACGUUUAUGCCAACUAACACAGCUAUGCAAGGGACGUACAUACCCCAGUACACCCAAGUGCCUCCUUCUGGUGUUCCAGUAGAGGUAAAGAGCAAUCAUUGUCGGCCCUCUUCAAAAUAUUGCAAAGUUUCAGUCAUACUAGAUAACUCACAGUGCCUGUAA